AUGACAACAUCAUUAUUCGACCUCCAGAGAAGCAUUAUACUCGACAACAUUCGAGCUACCAGCGGACGGGAUUGGAAGGUUCUAAUUUUGGAUCAACAGAGCAGACGUCUUGUGUACAAUGUCACCAAGGAAGACGACGUCCUCAAUUGCAACAUAACCAAUAUCGAACAAAUCGAGGAUCGCAGGCAGCAACAGACCGACACUGAUGCCAUAUACCUCCUCUCCCCUCAGCCUCACGUAGUGGAGUGUCUGAAGGCCGACCUUUCAAGAAAGAGAUACCGUCGAGCACAUCUAAUAUGGACCUCCCAACUCCCUCGCCCACUACAGGAAGAGAUCUUCCGAUCAGAAUCCCGAGCACGAGCCAUCGUCGAGUCCCGCGCCCUGAAUAUUGAGUACUUCCCAAGAGAAGCAAAUGUCGUUACCUUUCGAGAGCCAUGGAGUUUCCAUGCCCUUUAUCACCCAGCCUGUGACUCCAUGGUCAGGAGCCACCUCGAGACUUUGACUCAAAAGAUUGUGUCGGUAUGUGUCUCCCUCGGCGAAUAUCCUGUCAUAAGAUAUUACAAGCCCCCCGAACAUCAAAGGCAUGCCGCCGAUGUGCUGUGCUAUCACAUUGCCAGCUUUGUCCAAGGGGCACUAGACGAAUAUGCUCGAGACGAGCGAAAUAAUUUCCCGCCUCAGUCACAAGCGGUCAGACCCAGAGCGGUGUUAUUCAUCACCGACAGAUCCAUGGAUCUGGCCUCGCCUUUUGUACAUGAACUUACGUAUCAAGCCAUCGCCAUGGAUCUACUGCCUAUCAGGGACGACGAGGACAAGAUCACCUACAGAAAUGUCAUUCGGCGAGGCCAGCCCGACGAGGAGGAGAAGGAUGUGGAAAUCAACGAACGUGACAACCUAUGGGUUCAACACCGCCACAUGCAUAUGAAAGAUCUACUGGUCCAGCUCAGUGAGGAAUUCCGGAAGUUUCAGGCCAAGAACCCUCAAUUCGCCGAUGAUGGUCAGCCUGCUACCAUCAACACCAUCAAAGAUAUGCUGGCCGGGCUGCCAGAGUUCCAAGAAGGAAAAGAGGCUUUCUCGCUACAUAUCGACAUGGCCGAAAAAUGUGCCAAAAUCUUUGCAGAGCAUAAAUUGUUGGAUGUAGUGUCGGUCGAGCAAUCGCUCGCCACCGGGAUCGAUGAAGAGAACAAGAAGCCUAAGAACGUGGCCGACCAGAUGGUUAGGUUACUGGAUGAUGACAGUGUGGUGCACGAAGAUCGAGUCCGACUCUUGAUCUUGUAUGUAUUGUACCGGCAUGGUGUUCUUCGUGGCGAUAUCGAGAAGCUACGGUGUCAUGGUCAGCUAUCGCCGUUCGACGGGGAGACUCUCUACAACCUUGUCACGCUUGGAGCCAAGAUUGAAAAGAAUUUGAAGGACGCAACGCCAACCCCUGCACCACUGUUUCCUCCAAAGACCGCCGCAGCCAACAGUAACAUGGAAGAAGUGAGUUUGUCUCGUUUCGAACCCGCACUCAGGUACAUGCUGGAGGAGCAAUGCCAGGGUACUUUGGACCUCAAUACAUUCCCGUCGGUGAAGCCUCAUCUGAACGACCCGAACGCCCAGAGCAUGGCAGCACAAAGCUCGCUGAGAAACGCUGGGAAGCCUACAUGGGCUCAGACGAGGGCACAAUCGAACAAACCGCGACAACGGAUCAUCGUAUUUGUCGCUGGCGGGGCGACCUACGCCGAGGCGCGAGCGUGUUACGAAGUGUCUCGAAUGGCUGGCAAAGAGGUGUUUCUUGCGUCAACGCAUAUGGUCACGCCCAAGAACUUCUUGCGCCAGGUGAGCCUGCUCAGUGCUGGUAGGAAGCAAUUGAACCUCCCGGCCGACCAGCCACCACCCAAGCUCCCAGCGUGGAUGUCGGAACCGCCUCCCCAGGCACUGCAGCCGAAACCACAAGCACCGCCGAAUGGUGGACCACCGACGGCGGCAAUGCAAAAUAUGAGUCUUGGUGGUCGUGGUGCCAAUGGCGUACGUCCAGGAGUAGGCACCGGGUCUUCUGGCCCAAGGCCUGCACCGGCAGCUGCAGCUGCAGCGCCUUCCCCCAAGCCAUACCCGCCCUAUACGCCAGCAUCGAGCGAGCAAGGCCACGGCAAACUAAAGAAGGAGAAGAAACACCUCGGCCUGUUCAAGAAGCACUAG